AUGGAUCAAUUGACAGAAGACCAAAGAAGUGAAUUCAAUACAUGUUUUCAACAAUUUGAUAAAGACAAUGAUGGUAGAUUAGGUCCAAAAGAAGCUGUUAUGGCACUUAAAGCAUUGGGUGUAAAUGUACCAGAAAGUGAGGUUGGUGCAGGUGUUGAUGUCAAUGGCUUCUUGGGUGUUGUCGUUAGAAAGCUUCAAAUCACUGACCCAGAGGAUGAGUUGAAGCGUGCUUUCAACUGCUUUGACACUGAAGGCAAUGGUCACAUUUCUUGUGCUCAUUUGAAACAAAUUCUUAUGCAACUUGGUGAUGUAUUGAAUCAUCAAGAAGCUGAUGAUCUCAUCAGAGAAAUAGAUACCGAUCACGAUGGUUACGUCACCUCUAAUGAUGCAACUAAACUUAUCCUUUCUAAAUUGGCUUAA